GGUGUUUUGCCAUCAUCAUCAUUAUCAUUUAAUCAUCCAGCUGGCCGGGAACAGCUGACAAAUCCAACAACGGACAUGAUCUGAAAUCAUUUGUUUCAGGGUCUAAAGAGAAUAACGUCGCUUGUCUUUAUACUAAGAGGCCAAAGUGAAGAAAUGGCUGUUACACAGCUGGCUAACGUUAGCCAAGAAGUGUCCAUGUAGCCCAUGUAGUCACUGCGUUAACGUUAGCUAGCUGUCUGACUGACAUGGUCAGGUAACGUUACCUAGAAUUAAGUGGCCUCUAAUACCCAUUUUCCUGUAACAGAUGUUUGAUAAAAGGCCAAAUAACAGCGUGUCAAAGACCCCCGGAAACGAGCCAAACUGGAGUUCAUGGUGCCAUCUCGUAGAUAAUUCCAGCAGGACCAUUUGUCCAGGGAGUAUUUCAGAGGUUAGACAGAUAAAUGAAGUCAAAAGUCUGUCCGAAAGGAAGUGAUUAGGGAUAUUCCUCCUCGGCUUUUUUCACUCUUAUGUUAUCCAUCGUAUCGAGAAAUCCUGCUUUGACAAAACCCAGAACCAAUGUCUGCGCUGAUCGUCAUGCUGCAUAGGAGCUGAGAGAGCAAGGCUGGCUGAAGUUUGAGGGAGCUUUUGCACCCUUGGAGCCCAGAGAGAGAGAGACAGAGUGGAAUAAGCUAAAGGGAGGGCUAAAUGCGCUCAGUGUGCGCCAAUGCAGCAACAGAGCCGGCAGCCUGACCUAGUGGAAGGAAGACUUCCAGUGUUUGUGUUCCCUACCGAGCUGGUUUUCUAUGCAGACGAGCAGGCCUCACACAAGCAGGUGCUCACGCUCUACAACCCAUAUGAAUUUGCACUCAAGUUCAAAGUUCUGUGUACAGCGCCAAAUAAGUAUGCAGUAGUGGACGCCACCGGUGCCGUUAAGCCACAAUGCUGCGUAGACAUCGUGAUCCGCCACAGAGAUGUGCGGGCCUGCCACUAUGGCGUGAUAGAUAAGUUCCGGCUGCAGGUGUCUGAGCAGAGUCAGAGGAAGGCUCUAGGCAGGAAAGAGGUGAUGGCCACACUGCUGCCCUCAGCAGCCCAGGAGCAACCUCAAGUCCGGCCCCAAGAGGAGGAGCGGAGGAUGAAGGAACAGCUGGCUGACAGUGUGUUCUUUGAGCAGACCGCAUUCCAGACAGAGAGUCGUGCAGCAUCCGGCGGCCCGAGCCUGCUCACUGUCCUAUUGGGCCUGGUGUGUAUGGCCGCCCUAAUGCUCCCAACUUUGGGAGAGCAGGAAUCCACAGUGCCUGUCUACCUCCACUUAAGUGUUAACAAGAAACUUGUAGCUGCUUAUGUUUUAGGUCUUCUUACAAUGGUUAUCCUUCGCACAUAGAGUGCUGCUGGUUGACAUCUUUGUACAGAGGAACUGAGAAGAAGAGGGGAAAUACAGACAUUUGCACAACGAGAAGAGUUGUGAGGGGUGAGCGUACAGAAAAAACAAAAAAAAAAAACAAAAACAAGCUACCCUCUUAACAGGAACUAACUGCUUCAACGACAUUACAAACUUUUAGACACAAAGAAGAUGCAAUGAUCCUGGGGCAAAGGGAGGGAGGCACUCUAGGUGUACAAACAGAAACACUGACUGAGCUGGCACCUGAGCCAAGCUGACUAUCAGGGGAGGUGGGAAGAUGUUUGUGUGUAGAACCACAAGGAUGCGUUAAAUUAAAUGUGUUGUUUUACUUCA